CAUACCCACGUUCGCCUUGUCAUGGAGCCAUGCGCCCACCCCCUUACUGAGUUCCGAAUGCUCAGGGAGUUUGUGAAAGCACUUAGGGACAUUGUUAUCAUCCAAUGUACGGCAGUAUCAGAGUGCAAUGUUUUGCAUCGCAAUUGUAGUCUCUACAAUGCGAUGAUUGUAGAUGAACUGGAUGACAGCAGAGGGCUGUUGAUUGACUGGGAGUUCACAGUAUUCAUUUCUGAAAAUGGU